AUUUUUUUCUGUGAUGCCAAAUUCUUUGCUAGAUCUCUGAAAAAAAAAAAGAUCUUGUUUUGAUUGAUGUUCGUAUCAAUUUUCAUCUUUUGAUUAUAUGGAAAAUGGGUAUUGACGCGAAAGAGAUCAUCGUAAUAUUAUGGAAAAUUCUUGGAUAUUCGAUGAACAUGAGCAUCAAAUUCAUGAGAAACCACCCAAUAUUGUCAGGGGUUUCAAUGUUUUUACUUGUGCUAUACAUUUUCCUCCCUACUCUCUUGUUCUUCUUGAUUUACUCGUCACCGGUUCUUGCAUGUGCUCUAGUGUAUGCCCGCGAAAAGCUAGGAUUAAGAUUCUCAAGUUCGUACUCAGAGCCAAAGAAGAGUUGUGAAGGAGAAAAGAGAUGUCAUUUAAAACAACAACGAAGUGUCCGACGAAAUGCUCGAAUGAAAGUUGAAGAAUGGGAUUCACAGACAAGCGAGGAAGAGAAAGACAAAGUUAUCUUGACUUCUCUUUACAAUGAUCUCCUUGGUCGUACUCCUCAUUUCGAAGAGUCUCCAAAAGCUUUAGAAACCAAUGUAGUAGAGGAAGAAGACAAUGAGAAGGAGUUUCUUGGAGAGGAAGGUUCUCGUGAUUUAGGUCAACUUGACGUUGAAGAACCAAUGGUUUGCAACUGUGAGAUCAAAUAUGGAGAAUCAGAUGGUAAAGAAGAGAUUAAAGAGGAGAUGAGUAAUGUUAAUGAGUAUGGGAUUUCAGAGGUUGAGAGAAACAAGAGACUAGAGAGUUUAAUCGCUAGAAGAAGAGCGAGACGACUCUUUAGACUAGCUCUAGAUCAAAAGAAUAAGCUUCAAGCUGAAGAAACAACUAGCCCUAGACAGAACAACACCAACAACCUUCACGUUACGGUUUCGAGGAACUCACUUGAAAAACGUCGAUAUAAUUCAUCAGAUGGUACUACUGUUAAGGGAUUACAGAUUCCAGGCUCAGCUCCUUCUGUGUUGUUACAAGGAAGAAACCCUUUUGACAUUCCUUAUGAUCCUCAAGAAGAAAGACCUAAUCUUACUGGAGAUAGCUUUGAUCAAGAAUUUUCAUUGUUUAAUCAGAAAGAUAUGUUCCUUUGUCGUCAUGAGAGCUUCUGUCGCUUUGCUCUGUUUUCACCAGAACAUGCUCAGUGUAUGAACAGCCCAGUUUCUGCUUCAGACAUUUCAACUACUAGGAAACGUUUAGAUUUGGACAAUGAAUAUAUGGAUCAUACUGAACAAAAUCUCCCAUUUAAUGAAAAAGAAUCUACAAUAGAGGACGGCGAUAAUAGAAGCGUUGUGAGUGGAAAAAGCGAAGAAAGGGAGGUAGAAAUGAAUGAUAAUGAGACAGAUUCAAACAAAGAAGAAUUUGAUGAUUCAAGUUGUUCAGAAGAGAGUGAGUCAGAACUCAGCCGUUUAAACAAAGCCGAGCUCAGGGAAGCUAUAUGCCAAUCGAUGGAUAAUAAUCCCAGUUACCUUGUGAACCAAACAAAAAAUAAUAUUCCAACCACAUUGCCUAGAGGUUUAGUAGCGCCAAGACUAGAUGAUAACAACAUGUUGUAUGCUCAAAAAUGCGGAAAUUCGCACAGUCGAACAUUUUCAGUUGCCUCGGAUAUGCAAGUUGAGGUUUCAGAGAUUGGUUCACCUCCUACAACAGUUGAUUGGCUUGAUGACUGGUCUAAUGGCGGGGAAUCUUACAUUUAUGAUACAGAUAUUGACAGAGAAAUCGUCCGCGAUGAAGAAUCACGCAAGAGGAUCUCUCACCAAUAUGAAUCAAGAAGUGGAAUAGGAUCAAAAGAGGAGAAUAAUGAGCCAGGGACUAAACAUGAGGCCAAACCAGAUCAGAAUUGUGUGGUAAAUGAAGACCUUAUAACAGUUGAUGAUAUGUCAUUGUUUGAUAGAAAAAGCCAAACCGAAGAGAUUUUUGAGCAGACACCUUCUAGUUCCAAUGAUGUGUCCAAGCCUACAAGCUCUGGGAAAUUUGAAGGUAUGUUGUUCCAUACAAGUGCUUCAUUGUCGUCUAUAACAGAAGAGCCUGAAACAAUCUUGGACUUUAUCGAUGGGGGCAACUCGGAGAAUCUGAAUAAUUUGACUGAAGAACUAACUGACCAGAGAUCUCUGACUACUCUGGAUUCAUCCAUGAAGAAUUUGAUUGAUGAAGAAGUGGCUGAUGUGAAACAAGUAGAAAAUGAUGAUCCUUGUGGAUCUCCUAAGAUUAUUGAUUUAGAUAUCAUUGAUCAUCAGCAGAAAUACCAAAUGCUGAGUAGCAUUCAAGGAGAAGAUGAGGAAAUUAAGAGCUUGUUGGAUGCUUCUUUGGACACACCCUAUAUAGAAUCAUUUGAGAGAGAGGUAGAAGCAGAGGAAGAAUCAAACUUAAACAAGUUUACUGAGGAAACAACAAAACAAACAGAAAAUCAGAUUAUGGAAGAGAAUGGUCAGGAAUUAGUCCAAUGUACUGAUGAGAAACCAAGGUCAGUAGAAGAAGAGAAAACUCAUAAUGUCGUGGAAGCAUCUUCGAGCCAUGCUCAUACACAGUUGGUUGAUGACUAUGGAAACGAAGAAAAUUCUAGUGAUGUGAUACCACUAAAUGAGUCAACUGAUCAGGAGGUCUCUAAGGAAGGAGAAAAAACAGAGUUAUUGAAAGAUUUUUAUGGUGAAUCGUCUGAAGAAUACAAUAAUAGAGCAAAUGUUGAGGUCUAUGGAAACGCAGAAAUUGCUAGUGAUGUGAUACCUCUGCAAGUCCAAGAUGCUAAUAACUCACCACGAGAAGGAGAGAAAUCAGAUUUAUUGAAAGAUAUUUAUGAAUCGUCCCAAGAAUACAUAAAUAGAGCUAAUGUUGAGGAAGAAUCAGUAGUUUUAGCCGACACUCAAAACUCACAAGAUUCACAAACAUGGACUCAACAGUGUGGUAUAGAUUCUUCCCAGGGGAUAUCACCAAGAACGUUAGACAUCACCCAACAACUAGAGAAAGACGAUGUUAUUGCUCCAAAUGCCAUCUCUCAAGUUAUUGAUACAGAUGAAUUUGCUGCAGUAGCCAACGACGACGUAGCUUCUAGUGAGAGUAAUGAUGAAGAAAUUCUGAAACUUGAUGAGCAAGUUGGAGAAGCUAUGGAAAAGGAACUAGAGCUUAAUUUAGAAUCUCUGCACCAUAACACUGGUUUAGUCGCUAGAGAAGACGAUGAAGAAUCCAAGAAAGCGAUAGGGGAAAUGCAAAAUGAUGAAGUGAUUUUGAAACUUGAUGAGCAAGUUGGAGAAGCUAUGGAAAAGGAACUAGAUCUUAAUUUAGAAUCACUGCACCAUAACACUGGUUUAGUCUCUAGAGAAGACGAUGAAGAAUCCAAGAAAGCGAGAGGGGAAAUGCAAAAUGAUGAAGUGAUUCUGAAACUUGAUGAGCAAGUUGGAGAAGCUAUGGAAAAGGAACUAGAUCUUAAUUUAGAAUCACUACACCAUAACAUUGGUUUAGUCGCUAGAGAGGAUGAAGAAUCCAAGAAAGUAAUAGAGGAAAUGCAAAAUGCAGAGAUCCAAACAACAAAAGACGAAAACAGAGUCUUAGAAGAUUAACACAUUGAUGAUACACACAGAAUCAUGAUGAAGAAUAUAAGUAAAGCUGCACAUAAGGUAUACACCACAAGGAAAAGUUAGUAACUACAUUCUUGUCAAAGAAAAUAUGUUAAGAAUACUUUUUAAAUGGAUUGAUUUUAUAACAGGUGAAACAUUUUGUUGUAUCAUUAUUUCAUGGCCUUUUUGUUUGAUUAUACAGCUUGUAAAGGUAACUCAUUUUUUUGUAAUAUAUAGAGAUGGUUUAU